AUGAUUAGAAUAUUUCAAAGAUCUUUAAUCAUUUCUAGAGAUCAAUUAAUAAAUAAAUGCAAUGGUUUAAAUUAUAAUAUUAGAGGAUUUAGUGAAAAAAUAAAUAAUGAUAAAAGAGGAAAUUCAAGAAAAGAAUUUGAAAAUUUUAAAAAAAGAAGACAAAUUGAAAAUUUAUUUAAAAAAGAAGGUUUAGAGGAACCAGUAGAAUUUAGAAUAGAUAAUGGUGAAAGUGUAUCAAAGAUUGAUGUUGAAUUCAUUUCAAAGAAAUUAAAAGUUACAGAUAAAGAGAAAUAUAUUGAUUUAAAGGAUUUGAUUACAGGUGAAGUUAAAAAGGUGCCAGGUUAUGAAAACUAUGAUUUAACACCAGAGGAAUCAGCAUUUGGUUUAAAAGAGUUGGAGAAUAUGUUAAAGAAAAAAGAUGGUGAAAAAGUUGUUGGUCAAUUAAUCAAUGAAUUGAAACAAGCAUUCGGAUUGGAGAGUGAUGUACAAAUGGAUAGAAAAUUAAAUGAUCUCAACAAAGAGAUGAGUUUAAGAUUAGGUGAACCAAUCGAAGAGUUCAUUGCAAACAAUCAAAAUGAUAACUCUGAUCUCAGCUCAAAACAAAGAGUCAUCAUUCACGAAUACUUUGAAAGACAUCCAUUCCUUAAAAACGUUAGACAAACCUCUUUUGUUUUAGAUUUAAUUUCACUCUCUGAACAAUUUCAAAAGAGUGAUAGUAAAAACUUUGAAGAGAAUGUUAAGAAAUAUUUCAAUAUUGAUCCAAAUACAAUCCAAAGUGGCAGCAGUGCUGCUGCUGAGGUGAAGGAUGAUUUUGAUCCAUUUAAAUCUCAAAAUUUAAAUGAUGUUGAAUUCCUUCAACCAGUUGAUACACCAUUCGUUUCAGCAAGCUCUUCCAAUGGUUCUUUUGAAGACAGAAUGAUUCAAAUCAUUAAAUCUGGUGCUCUCUCUAUGUACUUACAACAAGUUGUAAAAGAUGCCACUGAAUCUUUAGAUCCAACUUCUGCUAAAUUGGAAAGAGAUCAACAAGAGAAAAGACUUCAAGAUGAAUUGGAUAUUCAAGAUCGUAUCCUCGAUCAAGAAUUUAAAAAAAUUGAUUUAGAAGAUAGAGAAAAAGUCCAAACCCAAGAAGAUGAAAAUAAUGAUGAGUUGGGUUUAGAAGAUUAUUUAGAGGCUGAUGUCACUCCAGAACUUGAUAUGGUCAGUCCAGAGGGUAUGCAACAACAAGCUAAAGACCCAAGAGAUUUAUUGAAAUACUACCAUCUCUAUCCACGUCAAGUUAAGAAAUGGAUCGAUUAUUCACAUACCCCACAAGGUCUUUUCACUUCAUUUGGUACUUGGUACAAUCUUCCAACUUGGUACUCUCAACACUUUAAACCAACCCCACCAGAAUCUCAUAUCUCUACCAAAAAGAAUCAAAAUGUAUUCAAACAACUCGAAUUACCAGAUGAUUUAAAGAAUGCCUAUAGAUUUGGUGUCACUGAAGAAGAAGCUCGUUUACUUCAUCCAAAAUUCAAAGAAUUCCUUUCUUUCGCAAAUGCUACUCAACCUGAAGUUAACGCUUAUCGUAAACAACUCUGUGUUGAAAAAUAUGGUCAAUCUUUCCAAGAUACUGGUUCUGCUUCAGUUCAAAUUGCAAUUUUAACUGAUAGAAUUAAUUAUUUGAAUGCUCAUUUAGAAAAGAAUAAAAAAGAUUUUGUUGCUAAAAAGAGAAUUCCAGAAGUUGAAAAGAAAAGAAGAAGUUUAGUUGCAUACUUAAAGAGAACAAAUAUCGAAGAAUACUUUAGAGUAACCAAAGAUUUAAGAUUAAAGAACUUUAGCUUUUAA